AUGGCGCCACACAGCACAAGUCCGCCACCACCGUCGCUGUCAACGACCAGCGCAAAGCCGCUCAUAGAACCGUCACUGCCGCAAUCGGAACCAUGCCUUUCUUGGUGGCACCAGACAACUCGUGCUUUCCCAUAUCUGAAUGCCAACAACGAUAAACCAGUUCCAUCAUCAACCAAGUACCUCAUUAUCGGCAGCGGCAUCUCGGGCGCCCUCACAGCUUACACUCUUGUCCACGACUACAACGUCCCAGGUGAUGAGAUUGUGAUUCUCGAAGCACGCGAAGCAGUAUCAGGUGCAUCAGGCCGCAAUGCCGGCCAUGUUCGACCAGAUGCAUUCCGAGGCUUCCAAGGCUAUGAAGCCCUGCACGGCGCCGAACAAGCACUAAAGAUCAUUGCCAAUGAAAAGCUCGUGUUUGAGAAGAUCGAUGCUUUCGUGAAGCAACACGAAGUGCCUUGCGACUUUCACCCCACGACAACAUUCGACGUGUGCUUGACAGAAGAAUUCGCCAAGUACGAGAAGGACAGCUUCGACGCGUACGUCCGAGCCGGUGGCGAUGUCUCCCACAUCAAGUACUUCGAAGGCGAAGAGGCUCGCCAGCGCACACGCGUCUCCGGCGCUGUAGCAGCAUAUGAAUGGCCUGCCGGUAGCAGUCACCCUGCCAAGCUCGCCCAGUGGCUCCUAUCCAAGUCCAUCAACCGCGGCGUCCAACUCUACACCCACUGUCCAGCAAUCGAGACCACCUCAGCGACCCCCCAACUCAGCUCCUGGGCAACCCGCACACCCCGCGGCACUAUCACCUCUCCCAAAAUUAUCCACUGCACCAAUGCCUACGCCUCCAUCCUCCUCCCACAACUCUCCUCUUUCCUCACCCCUAACAAAGCUCAAGCGCACGCCCUGAUCCCCGACUCCGCCUUCUCCGGCGCCAACACUCUCUCUUCAACCAUGUCUCUCCGCUACAGCAUCCGCCACUUUUACUCUCUCAUCCAGCGCCAAUCCGACGGGACCAUGAUCCUUGGCGUCUCCCGCUCCAACCCCGAACUCAGCGCCUCCACCAAAUCUGAAAUCGUCUCCUUCAACGACACAGCAUUCAACUCAGAGAUCGUCGAGGACGCAUUGCGGCAAUUCGACAAAAUGCUCCCUCCACCAGCCCCCUCCAGCAAACCCACCACACACCGCCACGGCGAGUCCCUCGCCCACGCCUGGACAGGCAUCAUCGGCAUGACGCCGGACAACACGCCCCUAGUCGGCGCAAUCCCCGAGCUGCCAGGACAGUAUAUCUGCGCAGCUUCAACGGCCAUGGGAUGGCGAGGAUCUGGACUUGUGCGCCGGGGGUGGUCAAGUUGA